AUGUCAAAACAAAAUAUAAUAGUGGCUAGAUUAACUUCACUUGAAAUGCGUAAAAAUGUAAUCCUCCACGUUAAAUCGCUGAAUAAAACUACGGAUAUCAUAAAUAGUAAAUGGGCAAAUGAAAAGGUUUUCAUCAAUGAGCGACUAACAAAAUUCAAUAGGAUGCUAUUUUCUCAAACCAGGUUAGCGGCUAAAAGUAAACAAUAUAAAUUUAUGUGGCUACCCAAUUCUGAUAUUCUGGUGAGAAAAAAUGAAAAUUCUAAUAUUGUAAAAAUCAGAUGUGAUCCAAAAUGUGUAAAACUUGAAAAAGUCUAUGAGUUAAAAUAUCUUGGUUUAAUAAUAGAUUAUAGACUUAGAUGGGAUAGUUGUGUAAAUUAUAUAAAUGAAAAAGACUACAACAACCCAAGAGAAUUCUUCAAAAAAUGCAGAACAGUUAGACAAGACUUUAAAGCUCAAACCUUCAUCAUAAAAGACGAUAAUGAUGACAUACUCACAGAACCUACAAAAAUAGUCGAAAAAUUCCGGCUCCACUUCGAGGAGUUGUUAAAUAACAAUAGUACCAAUGGAAACUCUGAUAAAUAUGAGGAAUUGAUUUAUCAAACAGUAGAACCAGAGUUAGCCGAACCAGAUCCGGAAGAAAUAGAUCUUAUCAUCAAAGGUUUCAAAAACUUUAAAGCACCAGGGGAGGAUGAAAUCAACCCGGAACUACUAAAACUGGCGGGAAAAGAUCUAAAGACAGAAUUAUACCUUCUAAUAAAAGACGUAUGGAAAAAUGAAUGUAUGCCUAAGGACUGGAACCUAGGGAUUAUAUGCCCAAUCUUCAAAAAAGGAGAUAUAAAGAAAGUAACAAACUAUCGUGGAAUAUCACUACUGGACACUGCAUACAAAGUGUUAUCAAUAGCCAUUUUAAGAAGACUUGAAAUGUACGCGAAGGAUAUAGUCGGAGAAUACCAGUGUGGUUUUAAAAAGGGCAAGUCCACGACAGACCACAUUCACACGCUUAGACAACUCAUGGAGAAAUACUACGAGUAA